AUGUUCCAUAAGAAGCAAUGCCAGUGUCCUGAUCAUCAGCUUCAUGGUCCUGGACUUCAGGCCAUCGAUAUACCAAGGACUGAUCCUAGACAUCCUUACAAUUUCUCCAAGGCUAAAAAGUGCUUCAUUGCAAUCAUAGCCGCUCUGGUCAUGCUUAACAGUACAGUGUCCGCCGGCCUUCCUGGAGGAGCAUCACCGUACUACUCGUCUUCGUUCGGGGUCACCAAUCCUUUCAUAAGACUUCUGCCUUCGACGACGUAUUUGACAGGAUACAUUGUCGGGCCCUUAUUCUUUAGUCCUUUGAGCGAACAUCUCGGCCGCCGCCCAGUGCUCAUUACGACCGCAACACUGUUUUUGGUCGCCACGAUUGGAUGUGCCUUCUCUCCAACGUACGCAUGCCUGGUUUGCAUGCGCUUUCUAGCGGGGGUGGGGGGAGCAGCACCAAUCUCAAUCAUUGGUGGUAUUUACGCCGACAUUUUCGAUGAUGUCCGGGUGAGAGGACAAGCUACCGCGGCAUAUACAGUGUUCACAACCAUUGGUACAGUGUUAAGUCCCACUAUCUUUGGUUACAUCGGGCUCUUUGGCUGGCGAUGGUGCUUCUAUGUUUCUACUAUGUGCGCCAGCGUGUUCGGACUAGGCCUAUUGUUUCUCCCAGAGACGCACCUGGACUCAAUCAAACGGCACGAAAGCAACCGCAAUCGCUGCCUGAGCUGUAACGGCAUUAUUCCGGCACAAAAGUCAGCAUUCUUAUGGAGGAACCUGCUCCGUCAACUAUGUGUGUCAACAGGAAGGCCAUUGCGACUUAUCUGUAGCGAGGCGAUCGUGCUUCUCUCUUCUCUAUAUUGCGCUUUGGUCUUCGCCAUCCUCUUUCUCUUAUUUGCUGGCUACCCUUACAUCUUCCAUGACAUCUAUGGAUUCUCAUAUGCAACCGCAGGACUCGCCUUUCUCCCCAUGGGCGUCGGUACCGCUCUGUCCCUCCCCUUCUAUCUAUUAUACGACCACUAUCACUGGACUGAAACGCAGAAAGGAAAGACAUGGACGCAAAUUGAAGAAUACAGGAGACUCCCCUUAGCCUGCAUCGGCGGCCCAAUCUUCGCAGCAUCUUUAUUCUGGCUAGCUUGGACCUCUUCCAAAUCGUUCCAUUGGAUCAUCCCGAUGAUGUCUGGGCUGCCGCUGGCUUUCUCACUCAACCUAAUCCUUAUUGCAUCAUUCAAUUACCUCACCGACGCCUAUGGAGCAUUCGCAGCAAGCGCUUUGGCAGCGGCGAGCUGCUCGAGAAGCAUCUGUGGAGUCUUGUUGCCGAUGGCGACGAGUGCUAUGUAUACGCACAUUGGGAUCGGUUGGUCUAUGAGCAUUCUUGGUGCGGUGUCUGUUUUGUCGGUUCCUAUACCUUUUGUGUUUAUCAAGUAUGGUCCAUUGAUUCGACGGCGGAGCCCUUUUUGUACUAAUCCUGUGGUGGAAUCGAUAAAACUGUAUUGA